CCACAAAUGCACGCUCGACAAAAACUUUACUUCUUGCUGAAAUUGCCGAGCUUAUAUUUCCCAAUUAUGACCUUGGGGAAGAAAGUCUUUAUGCCGAACAUGGCUUAAAAGACAAAAAAAGAACUUACCGCUUCUAUUUAAAUCUUUAUGACUACCAACAAAAACCCGCUCUACUAAUCGGUAACCAUAAAUUAGAUGCCACUACUGGUCAGCACUUAGCUCGCAAUCAACAUAUCUUCCGUCACUUCAAUUAUCAAACUCAACAAACCACUUACUUCUACCGCACUAAUGAACAACUA